AUGGCUCCAAAAAAGGCAAAGGGAGAUGUACCAAAGCCACCGCCGCUGAUUGGAAGGUUUGGCACCUCACUGAAAAUAGGAAUCGUUGGCCUGCCCAAUGUUGGGAAGUCAACCUUUUUCAACGUGCUGACAAAGAGUCAGGCCGCAGCUGAAAAUUUCCCCUUCUGCACCAUUGACCCAAAUGAAAGCAGAGUGCCCAUUCCAGAUGAACGCUAUGAUUUCCUCUGCCAAUUCCACAAACCUGUCAGCAAAAUCCCAGCAUUCCUUAAUGUUGUCGAUAUUGCUGGCCUGGUGAAAGGCGCUCAUGCUGGACAAGGCCUGGGGAAUGCCUUCCUGUCCCACAUCAGUGCGUGUGAUGGCAUCUUCCACAUGACA